UGAGUAGAUUCUCAUUUAGUUGUCAUCAAAAAUAUAAUGAAAUAUUUAUAUUUCACUUUAAUUUCUAAUUUAUUGAUAGUAUUGACAUUAAAUUAUGUAUUAACCGACGACAUAACAACCCUUAACGACGACAUACCAAAAACAACAGCAAAACCGAGUGGUUCGGGUGGGUCUCGAAAAUGUGGUCUUUUCGAGAAAUUUAAGAAAUGUGGAUGUGAUUGUCGGGAACUCUGCCAAAAUAGACAUAACAUCAGUUCAUGUCCUCCAAUAGCAAAGUCAUAUAAGUGUUUUUGUAUCAACGGUUUCUUUAGAAAAGACGGAAAGUGUGUACCGGAAGAUCAAUGCGAUGGUUUGCAUCAAAAAGGUUUAACCGAUUUUGCAGAUAAUGCUGCUCUCGAUAGAUCCAAAAACACUACAUGUACUGCCGUUAACCAAGAGUUCAACGAUUGCGGCAGUAAAUGUAUGGAAUCGUGCGAUGCAAUGGACAGUCCUACACUCUGUGUCACGUUUGGACCAAAUAGAUGUGAUGCUCCGGGAUGUUACUGUAAGGAAGGGUACUAUAAAAAUGAAAACAAUACAUGUGUUUCAGAGGAAAAGUGUGAACAUGACUUAGAUCUCGACACAAGACCACCGUUUUUGACAACAGAAUUUACAACAGAAAUGAGUACUGAAUCGGGCGCUCCUAUUGACAGAACACCAGAUACAACAACACUGUCCGAAAAUGAAGAAGCGGCGGCUAAAGAAAGAGAGAAAACAGAUACAUCACCACUAGUGGUGACGACACCGACUCAUUGUUCAGAUAAUGAGGUCUACAGUGAAUGCGGUAAUCGCUGUAUGGAAUCGUUGGAAAAUAAAAACAACAACUCUAAGUGUGACAUCAAGUGGUGCGACAUCGGGUGCUUUUGUAAGCCUAACUUUUUUCGCAAUGAAGAGGGUCUGUGCGUAGAAGAAAAGCCGACUGAGAAAGACGAUGACGACGACGAUGAUGAUGACAAAGAUGAUGAUUAUGAUGGCAAUUGUGAAGCGACUACACCGACAACUGAGACCUGUGAAGUCGAUACACCAACGCCUGAGAGCUGUGAAGUUGAAUCGUUUGGUCUACCAAUUGGUACUAUAUGUCCACAAAAUGAAAUGUACAAAGAGUGCGGAAGUAAAUGUAUGGAAAAGAUUGAGACUUUAACAGAACAGUUAGGUUGUGACAACUCGUGUGAGAGCGGGUGCUUCUGCGAGUCCGGACUCUAUCGAAAUCGUAAUGGAUUCUGUGUUCAACCCCCACCUCUCUGUCCACAUAACGAAAAAUACUCCGAUUGUGGCAAUAGAUGUAUGGAGUCUAUACAGAAUAUCUACGUUAAAAAACGUUGCAAUCAAGAUAAGUGUGAUAUCGGGUGCUUCUGUAUUCCUGGAUAUUUUCGUGACGUCGACGGCAAAUGUAUUGAAAAGCCGCGCAUCUGUCCAACUGGUGAGGCAUACAGUGAUUGUGGUAACAGAUGUUUGGAAUUAUUAAAAAAUAAAUUAUUGAAUAAACGCAAAAUUUGCAAUAAUAAACACUGCGAUGUCGGCUGUUUUUGUCUGCCGGACAAAUUCAGAAACAAUCUGCAGGAGUGUGUAGAGCCUCCACCUCCAUGUGCUGAUGAUGAAGAAUACGUUGAGUGUAGCAACAGAUGUAUUGAGUCAAUACAAGACAUAAAACAUUCAAAAGCUUGUCCACGAAAUUGUGAACCGGGAUGUUAUUGCAAGCGUGGAAUGUAUAGAACAGAAGUGGGUGUGUGUCGGCCCAGAUGUCCAAUGGGUGAGAUGUAUAGCGAUUGUGGCAAUCGAUGUAUGGAAUCAAUCAAAAACUUUUAUAACCCAAACCAAUGCGAUAAAAGUCACUGCGAUUCGGGAUGUUUUUGUGAACCGGACUCUUUCAGAACAUCAGUGGGUCAAUGCAUUAAACCUCCGCGACCUCAAUGUGGCGAAAAUGAAGAGUUCGAAGCUUGUGGUAAUCGGUGUGUCGAGUCUAUGGCCACAAUUGACAAUCCAGAUGUCUGUGAGUCAGGCAAACAUAAAUGCGAAUCGGGAUGUUUCUGUAAAGAUGGAUAUUUUAGGGAUAACAGCGGGAUAUGUCUUAUUCCGCAAAAGUGUGCGGACAAACCUAAGUGUCCUCUAAAUGAAAUGUACAGCGAUUGUGGUAAUCGAUGUAUGGAAUCGUUGGAAAACAAGAGAAACGAUGUUGAGUGUGACCAAAGUCUAUGUGACGUCGGAUGCUUUUGUUUGCCGCCGAUGUUUAGAAAUAAUGAAGGAUUAUGUGUUGAAAUUCAAGCGCCAACUGAAAAACCUCAAGAAUGUAAACUUGACGAAGAAAUGACUGAAUGCGGCAAUCGAUGUCUGGAAGCGUUGGAAAAUAAAGAACAGCAAUGGGUUUGUCCUCUAGACCUCUGCGAGUUUGGAUGCUUUUGCAAGAAUGGUCUCUAUCGUAACAAAAAAGGCAAAUGUGUGCCACAUAUCUGUCCCGAAGAGGAACAUGUCUGCAAAUCGGGAGAAAAGUGGAGUCAAUGUGACAGUCGGUGUCGAGAAAUGUGUGUCAACCGGGAACAGUCAUAUGUGUGUGAUCUCAAUCGGUGCGAUGUCGGGUGCUUUUGUGAAGAAGGCCUCUAUAGAGACGAUGAAGGUUUCUGUGUUCCGGCGCACGCCUGUGAAGCCACCACCGACUGUCCGCCGGCGGCCAAACCCAUAUGUCCUAACAGUGAAGUAUACAGAGAAUGUGCGAAUCGUUGUCCCGAAUACUGUGUCAAUAGUGAAGAUCCAAACGUAUGUCCGCCCAAUGAAUGUGAAUCCGGAUGUUUCUGUAAGAGAGGCACCUUUAGGAACGACAGGGGUGUUUGCGUACCACAGAGUCAGUGCUUUAAAUCAGUGCUCACUCCUAAACCUCAGCUGAUUUGUGGUCGAAACGAAAUUUACAAGAGUUGCGCCGUUCGUUGUGUAGAGUACUGUCCCGGACAGCUACCCGAAAAUGAAAAGUGCUCCGGAAGUGCUUCGUGUGAGUUCGGGUGCUUCUGUGACAAAGGAUUCAAAAGAAACAGUGAAGACGAGUGUGUCCCUGAAAAUCAAUGUCAAAAACCAACCGAAAGUGAUCACAAUUCGCCGAUUACCGAACCAACUCAGGACACAACUGUCAGUGAAAAACACGACCAGUACUGCGGCCAAAAAAAUGAAGAGUUUAAUGAGUGCGGCACUGAAUGUGGCAAAACUUGCGCUGACUAUCAGUCAGCCGACAAAUGCGAUGAAAAUCUAUGUAAACCCGGAUGUUUCUGUCAUAAAGGUUAUGUACGAUCUGUUAACGGGAUGUGUGUAUUGCCAGAGGAUUGUAAGUCAAGCCAAUCGGCUGAUGGGUCCUAAACAUCGCAGUUAUAGCAAAACUAACUAUCGGUUCUCAUCAUUAAAUGGAUCGACAAUGGGGUUCACAUCCAGUUUUUUAUAGUCACAUCUCUAAAUAUUUAUCCUUCAAACUCAUAGAAAUUAUUUAAUAAAUUAUAUAAU